CAGGUGUGGCGCAUGCGCAGUAUCAGUGGGGAGGGAAACGCUGUAGGACCGGGCAGGUUCGAUCUGGACCUUGCAGUCUGCCAACCCCCCCCACCCCGCCUCACAGCCGCAGAACAUUGGGCUCGGGGAAUUCGAAUCCGUUGGGCGGCGCCACGUUCCGCGCUCCCCUGGCCCCGCCCCGCCCCGCCCAACGGCUUCUCCGUGCUUUGCGUUAGGGGCCAAAGCCUCGUCCCUGGAAGCAGCCAAAACACAGCCCAAAUGACUAACUUGGAAGAAGCUGAAGUACAGAUUUCUGAGUUGGACCUUCUUUCUAGCAUGUUUCCUGAUGAAGACGAGUUUAUUGUGACAGACCAGCUGGCUUUAGCAGAACUAAAAUACUGUGUUGAAAAUCAGUCUUCAGAGAUGCCAUCUUCAAAAGUUCAGUUUACCCUAAAUGUAAAGCCACAGGUUCCUGAUGCCACUAUGGUAGAGUUUUCGUUGUUCUUUGCAUUGCCACUAAAAUACCCAACUGUUUUACCAGAAAUUACUGUCAGGUCAUCCUCAUUAAGUCGAUCGCAACAAAUUCAACUGAACACAGAUCUGAAAAACUACUUGAUAAGAAACUGCAGUGGUGAGCCCUGUGUACUAAGUGCAAGGGAAUGGGUUAAAGAUCAUGCAUCGGCAUAUAUUGACAAAGAGACUUCAUCUUCCUCAGUGGUGACAUCAAGUGCCAUGGAAUCAGAAGAUGCCAUUUUUACUAGGUUGUGGAUUUAUAGUCAUCACAUCUACAACAAACACAAAAGAAAGAAUAUUGUUGAUUGGGCUAAGGAGCUCUCUCUAUCUGGGUUUUGCAUGCCAGGAAAGCCAGGUGUUGUUUGUGUAGAAGGCCUUCAGAGUACUUGUGAAGAGUUCUGGGCAAGAGUCAGAAAAUUAACAUGGAAGAGAAUUUUAAUUCGCCACAGAGAAGACAUGUCUUUGGAAGCAGGGCAUGCUGAAAUAAAGAAACAAAGAAAAUUUUCAUCUUUUGAAGAAAAAGUUUUUGAUGCACAUGGUAACAGAGGAAAUCAUAUGGAUCUGGGACAGCUAUAUCAUUUUUUAGAUGAAAGAGGAUGUGCUGAUAUUUUUCAGAUGUACUUUGGAGUUGAAGGACGUUAGAUUAUUAAGCAUCCAAGCAUUUGGAAAAUUGUACGGUGGUCCUGGAAUAGCUUAUUUCCCUCCCACUUCUGAAGUAAUUGAUCGGCAAGGGAAAUAUGAUUUUUAUGAUGCAUCUAGUUUUCCAUGGAAACAAAUAGCAAUCCAGAAAAUGAUUAGAUGAAUGAUUUGAUAGAAAAUUUAAUUUUAAGGGCAAGAUCAGAGAUGUCCUAAUUACAAGGACAGAAAAUGCCUCUGUAGAAUUACUGGACAGAGAUCUAACAUGGUGGUGUUCAAAGUACAACCACACACCAGAUCCAGCCUGUGGGGUUCCCAACAGGUUUGGAAAUUUGGUGGCAUGGAAGCAGUGGUAGCAUUAAUUACCAUAACUCUGGGAGCCUUGGCUACUGCUCCCCCACCAUUACAUUUCCAGACCCAUGGGUAGCCUCACCAGCUGGUUGCUACAACCUUGUGUGUUGGAUCAGUCUGGUGCACAAGGCUGUCCCAUGGUGGAUCAAGAACUCAGAGGUGGAUCCAAACCCUGCAAGCCAGAUCUGGCUGAGAAAUGAGUCACACUCCACUCGUCCAGCCUACUCAGCCUAAAUGCAGUUCAUUGAUCUAGAACAUGAUGUUAUUGAGAAGGAAAUUAUAUAUAUGAACAGGUAAGGAAUCAGAGGUGUGUGAUUUUUUUUUUUCUUCACCCAAUAAUUGCAGCUAUUUUAAUUAGACAAUCUCUCUGAGGAAACGCUGACUUUUUUACAUAAUUGAACACUAUGUUUACAUAUGUACCAAAAGACUUUUUGAUGGCAGACAUUUUUAUUAUUUUUACUUAAUAUUUACUGCUUAUCCUAUUCUUGGGUGAAUAUGGUGCUUUACAAAAACAGGGCUUGGCCUCUGCCUGUUAUUCAUGCAAGUCAUUUUUCUGAAACAAAUGAGUAAAAAUAACAGGAUAACUGUUUGCAAAGGCAAGGGAUUUGAAUUGCUCCAAAGAAUCAACUGUAAUAGAUUUGUUAUUAUUAUUGGACAUUGAUUGAGUCCCCAUUAGGCCAAGACUGUACCCCACAUGGCAAUAAAAACUGUCCUUAUGUGGGAUUUACACUUUGCAAACCUAUACACUUAGAAAUCAGAAGCACUAUUUGUGUAAGAAAGUGUUUGCUGGGUCAGCUUACAAUAGCUUGAGUCAGACUUCAACAAAGUUGUCAUGAAGCAGUUCAUAAUAAAGCAUCAAACACUGAACCUUAA